CUCACGCACACGGCAGCAGAUCCAAGCCUUGUCUCCACUCCACCCGACGCCAUUGCUUCGUCCACAACUUCCGAGGCGCGCCGGUCAUGUCACCCCCCUCUUUUGCCCCCUCGCCGCCGCCUGCUGCAGCUCCUGCUCCCUCCCCUCCUCCAUCAAUGCCGCCCUUCCACCGCCCACCACCCAGCAGCACCUGCUGCUAUAUCCCACCCUUCAGGCACGCAUCAUCCUCCGCCUCCCCGCUCAUCAAACCCUCUCUGCUGCCAUGGCGGAGGCGACCGCCAUUCUUCUGUCCAUGCGCGACCCUGGAGACGGCGACCGCGCCGCGCCGCCUCGCUCGGUUUCCGCCCGGCCCGACCUAGAUUUGAACAAGCCAGCUGGUGACGACGAGGGCGGCGGCGGGGCUGCCGACGGAACUGCACAGGCUGCACAUGGUGAUGCCGCCACGACGCCGCUGCCUGAAAGGCUAUUGGACAAUCAGAUUGGCAAUGCGGCUCCACGAGGGAGGGGUGGAAGGCGUGGUGCUGCUGCGGCGGCUCCACGGGGGAGACGUGGUGGCGCUGCCCAAGGAAGAGGAAGGCCAGCUUCCCAUCAUAGAGACAAGAGGUUCAGGGCUACUGAUGAUCUGCACACCGACCAGCCUCAACAGGACCUCCCUGAAGCUGUCGCUGGACAGACUACCGGUGCAGGCGACCAUGGUUUGAACGGAGGUGCUGAUAUAUUUGCAAUUGCAAGUGAAGGCAUGAUAACGCCACUGCCUGAGAGAGCUGCUGCUUGUUGUGGUGCCAGUUUUACCGACGGCAGUCAAAGCCUGGCUUCGACUCCUAGAGGAAAUGACCAAGCCAAGACGAUGCCGCCAGUGCCAGACAGGGUUGAAGUACGUAACUCCCCAGAAUAUAUAACUGGUAGGAAGUUAAGUAAAGGUAACUCUGGCAAGGUCUAUGUUGGCAGACGGAUAGGUAUGCCCAGUGGAGGAUACAAGGGUCGAAAUGCAAUCGAGGUUGCGCUGAAAUUUGUGCAUCGGACAAGUAGAGAAGGUAGCUAUGACCCCCCAUAUGAGUGGCAAGUCUAUCAGGCUCUCAAUGGUUGUCAUGGCAUACCAUCGAUACACUACAAGGGUUGCCAAGGAGACUACUACAUUCUUGUAAUGGAUCUGCUUGGUCCUAACCUCUGUGAUGCUUGGCAUUCACCAGGACAGGAGAUGUCAAUUCUAAAGGUUGCUUGUAUUGCCGUUGACGCCAUGUCAAUACUUGCAAAGAUUCACUCCAAAGGCUUUAUACAUGGUGAUGUAAAACCUGAAAACUUUUUGCUUGGUCAGCCUGGAUCCGCUCAAGAAAAGAAGCUUUUUCUCAUUAAUUUUGGUUUAGCAUCUAACUGGAAAUGGAAAAGAGGAUCAUCCAGUAUGCAUGUUCAGUAUGAUCAGAGGCCAGACAUAUUUAGGGGAACAAUUAGAUAUGCUAGCGUCCAUGCUCAUUUAGGUCGUACAGGCAGUAGGAGGGAUGAUUUGGAGUCACUAGCAUAUACCCUUAUAUUUUUAUUACGAGGAAGCUUGCCAUGGCAAGGCUGUCAGGGAGAUAACAAGAGCUUUCUUGUUUGUAAGAAGAAAAUGGAGACUUCUCCAGAGGUCCUGUGUAGCUUCUGUCCAGCCCCAUUCAAACAUUUUCUUGAGUUAGUUACUACUAUGAAAUUUGAUGAAGAGCCAAAGUACCAAAAACUUGUCUCUCUCUUUGAUGAUUUGAUUGUCGGACCUGCUUCAAGACCCAUCAGGAUCGCUGGAGAUCUAGAGGCUGGACAUAAACGUGGAGGAAUUUCUGUAAAUCUUAAAGACGAUGAACAGCCCAUGGAAAAAGUUCGGUUGGGGACCCCAGCAACUCAAUGGAUUUCAAUUUAUAGUGCUAGGCAGAACAUGAAGCAGCGAUACCACUCUAAUGUACCUGAUUCAAGGCUGCAUCAGCACAUACAAAAUGGCAAUGAAGAUGGCUUGUUCAUUAGUUGUAUAGCUUCUUCAAAAAAUGUGUGGGCUAUCAUUAUGGAUGCUGGGACCGGCUUUUCUUCUCAAGUUUUCAAUCUUUCACAAAAUUUCCUACAGAAGGAUUGGAUUGUGGAGCAGUGGGAGAAGAAUUUCUACGUAACAGCAAUAGCUGGAGCAACCAAUGGAACCUCAUUGGUUGUCAUGUCCAAAGGGACUCCAUACAGACAGCAGUCAUACAAAGUCAGUGAAUCUUUUCCUUAUAAAUGGAUUAAUAAAAAGUGGAAAGAAGGUUUUCGUGUAACAUGUAUGGGUACUUCCGGGAAUCGUUGGGGUGUGGUCGCGUCGACGAACGCGGGCUACUCCUACCAGGUUGUUGAGUUAGAUUUUCUGUAUCCAAGUGAAGGAAUCCAUCAGCGAUAUGGCGCCGGUUACAGAAUAACCUCAUGUGCAGCCACGCCUGACCAAGCCGCCUUUAUCAUGAGCAUAGCCAAGGAGUCCAAGACGAAACCAGUGGACGAAACUUUUCUAACUUGUGAUUUCCCCAGCAAGGCUACAAAGGAACAAUGGGCGAAGGACCUGUACAUCACCUCGAUCUGCCAUGGCCGAACUGCGUGUUGAGUGUUGACGGCUGCGUUGAGCCUCCAAGGUGAAUUCGCUAGAGUUUUAACUUUGGCCUUGGUGGGAUUCUUUUUGGUAUUUUGAGCUGCAAAAUGGCCUCCUCUUAUUGUAAAGAAAAAGAACCAUGGUUUAUCUUUCCCUAUCAGAAGUUAACCUUGCCAAAAAUGUGUAUUCCACAAAAAAAGGAAUGUAUGCUGCCAGGAGGCAAGAGCUUCACCGUA